AUGGCUCCAACUCCGAAAAUAAAUAAGACUCUUCGUUUUACUGUUGAUUGUACAGCUCCAAUGCAAGAUAAUAUAAUUGAUGUUUCUGGCUUGGAAAAAUUUCUUCAUGAUAGAAUCAAAGUUGAUGGGAAACGUGGACAAUUAGGAACUAAAAUAUUAAUUUCUCGUAAUAAGGGUCGUAUCACAGUGACAAGUGAGAUUCCAAUCUCUAAAAGAUAUUUGAAGUAUUUAACAAAGAAGUAUUUAAAGAAGCAACAAAUUCGUGACUUUCUACGUGUCGUAGCUACAACUAAAGGUGCUUAUGAAGUUAGGUACUUUAAUAUUAGUAGUGAAGGAGCAGAGGAAUAA